AUGUCUAAUGUAAGCGCAUCUGCUAAACGACGUGCACGAGCGAAGAAUACAAAGGAGCGGUUGUUUGCUGGAGCUGUCCUACGACUUGCUAUAAAUAUUUGCAAUUGUGUCUAUUAUGCUCUUCAGAACGAUGCUGAGGGACAUAGGAGCAAGCCUGAAGAUCGCUGUGGUCAGCUCAAGGAGACGCGAGUACAAACUGCUUCGGAGGACUGCGAGCAGGAGAUGCAAAAGCUGAAGGUUCAACUGCAGAGAGCGUCAGAUAUUGUAGACUUCCGGUAA